CUGCUGCAAUUAAAAACUUGAAAGAUUCUUUGUUUUGAUUGAUUCUUGAUUGGCUCUCGUGCUGUCUAUGGCCUCUGAAGAAAAUCUGGAAUUUGAAGGGAAUUUGGCGCAUCCUGCACUUGUCCUUCAGACUCACUACUACCCAAAAGAGAUUUUAUUUUCUUCUUUUUUUUUUUGGGCAUUUUCUUGUCUUCAGUAUAUGUUCCCUGAUCCUAAUUGCUUCUUCUAAAUCUAUUUGAACCAACAUACUUGUUCUUCAAUUUCAGUUUAGCAGAAAUGGCAGCUGAGAGAAUUGGUGUAACCGUUGCUGUCACCGUUGCUUCCAAGAUUACAGAACUCUUGGUGAACCCAACUAGACGGCAGCUUCGAUAUGUUUUCUGUUUCAAAAAUAUUGUUGAAGAACUUACUAAAGAAGAGAAGAUUCUGACAGCAGCGCAAGGUCGGGUGCAAAACAAAGUCAACAUGGCCUUAAGAAAUGCUGAAGCAAUUGAGAAAGAUGUAGAAGAUUGGAUGACAGAAGCAAACAAAGUCAUGGAAGAUGUUCAGCAGCUGAACAAUGAAAUUGAGAAGCACAUUAUGCACUUUAAUAAGUGGUGUGUUAAUUGGAUAUGGCAAUAUAGUUUCAAUAAGAAAGUAGCAAAGAAGGCAGUGAUUCUGAAAAAGCUUGGAGAAAGUGGCAAAUUUGAUAAAGUUUCCUACCAUGCUCCUCUUCCAGGCAUAGAAUUUUUUCCAUCUAAGGAUUUUGUUCCUUCAAAAUCUUCAAAAGAAGCUUUUCACCAGAUUAUGGAGGCUCUGAAGAAUGAUGUCAGCGUGAUUGGAUUGUAUGGAAUGGGAGGGGUGGGUAAGACCACCCUAGUUAAAGAAGUGGGGAGAAAAGCUAUCAUGUCCAAGCUUUUUGAUCAGGUUCUGAUGGUUGUGGUGUCUCAGGAUCAAGGCAUAAGAAAAAUUCAAGAUCAAAUAGCAGACAAGUUAGGUUUGCAUCUUGGUGAAAAGAGUAAGGAGGGGAGAUCAAGCAGAUUAUGGCAGAGAUUGAAGAGUGAGAAGAAGAUGCUUAUAAUCUUUGAUGAUGUUUGGAGAUUUCUUGAUUUGAAAGAUUUAGGGGUCCCGCAUGGUGAUGAUCACAAGGGUUGCAAAAUUCUCAUAACAACGCGUCUACGGCUUGUCUGUUCUUCUAUGGACUGUCAAAGGGAGAUUCCUUUGCAUGUUUUAACUGAAAAUGAAGCGUGGGCUUUGUUCAAAAAGAAUGCUGGUCUACAUGAUAACUCCUCUGUAUUGAGCAGUGUGGCAAUGAAAGUUGCAAGAGAAUGCAAGGGUUUGCCUAUUGCAAUUGUGACUUUGGGAAGGGCUCUAAAAGGUAAAAGUUUAAGUGGAUGGAAACUAGCAUUUCAGAAACUUAAAAAAUCUAGACUCAUAGACAUUCUUGAUGUUGAUAAAGACAAAAACGUGUAUGCUUGCCUGAAGUUGAGUUUUGAUUAUUUGCGUUAUGAGGAAUCCAAGUUAUGCCUGUUGUUGUGCUCUUUAUUUCCAGAAGAUAGUGAAAUUUUUGUUGAGGACUUGGCUAGAUAUGCUAUUGGCUUGGGAUUCUAUCCAGAUGCUCAAUCAUUUGAAGAUGUAAGGAAUGAAGUGUUUGAAGUAAUAGGUGACCUCAAAGCUUCUUGUAUGCUUUUAGAAACUGAAAUUGAAGGACAUGUCAAAAUGCAUGACAUGGUUCGUGAUGUUGCCCUAUGGAUUGGAUCCAAGGUGGAAAAUGUUUUUAGAGUAAGAGCCAGAAUUGGUUCAGAAGAGUGGCCAAAUAUUGGAAACUCUGACAACUAUACUGCAGUUUCCUUAAUGGACAACAAUGUAAGAGAACUUCCAGAUAAGUUGGUUUUUCCAAAACUUGAAUUGUUGUUAUUGGGCAAAAAAGGAACAUUAUUUAGUUCAAAAGAAACUAUUAAUGUUCCAGUUACAUCAUUUUCAGGGUUGAAAGAGCUUAAAGUUUUGUCUUUAGCCCAUGGGUCCCUAUCAAUGCAAUCUUUAGAAUUUUUGACAAAUCUUAAGACCUUAGAACUGAAAGAUUGCUACAUCAACUGCCACAAAUCAAGUAAUAAAGGUGCUAACCUUGUUUUGUUGCGAAAGCUGAAGCAACUAAAGAUUCUUAGCCUCCGUGGUUCUUUUUUUGAAGAAUUGCCUGAAGAAAUUGGAGAGUUGAAUAAUUUAAGAGUGUUGGAUUUGAGAAGUUGUAAAUGGCUGGUGAGGAUUCCCUCAAAUAUGAUUAGAAAAUUAACCAAACUGGAGGAGUUAUACGUUGGAGGCUGUAGCUUCAAACAAUGGGAAGCUGAAGAGACAUGCAAAAGAGGAAGCAAUGCUAGCUUGAUGGAACUGAGGUCUCUCUCUCACUUGGCUGUAUUAUGGUUGAACUAUGAUGAGUACAUCCAUCAAAGCUUUGUUUUCCCCAGCUUGAUGGGAUAUUGUAUACACAUAAAUUGUGGAUGCUCCUAUGAUAUGUCUCCCUCAAGUAUAAGGUAUCCAACCUCAAGAACCAUAUGCCUCACUCCUACUGAUGUGACCACAGUAAAGGCAUGCAGGGAGUUGUUCCAGAAUGUGUAUGAUUUUCAUUUGCUCAAUAGCACCAGUUUCCAGAACAUCUUGCCAGAGAUUGAUCAAAGGGGCUUUAAUGAUUUGAUCUGCCUUAACCUUCUUUUGUGUGACAUUGGAUGCCUCAUUGACACAAAGCAACUGCAAGUGCCUGCUGUUACAUUCUCAAAUUUAGAGAUGAUAGACAUAUGCAAAACAGAUCUGAGGGAAAUAUGCCAUGGUCUGCCACCAGAGGGGUUCUUAGAGAAAUUGCAAACAUUUAAGAUGUAUGGCUGUUCCCAUAUGGUUACCAUUUUUCCUGCUAAGUUGCGGAGAGCAUUAAAAAAUUUGAAAAAAUUGGUUGUUAAUCAUUGUACUGAUUUGCGAGAAGUAUUUGAACUCGAUGGACUUGGUGAAGCAAAUACUGAGUUGCUCUCAUGUUUAACAACAUUAGAGCUGCAAGAAUUACCUAAUCUGAGGAGCAUAUGGAAGGGACCAAACCAUCACGUAAGCCUAAAAAAUCUCACUCAUCUUAUUUUGAAUAACUGCAGGUCUCUGACAUAUGUUUUCUCGCCAUCUCUUGCUCGAAGUCUAGUGCACAUAAAAACACUUUAUAUAGGAUGUUGUGAUCAACUUGAGCAUAUUAUUUCAGAAAAGGAUGGGGAAGAGGAGGAAGUAUUUUCAGAUGCUCAUCCUCAACUCGGCUUACAAAACCUAAGGAUCCUCACCGUUUAUGAAUGCAGCAAGUUGGAAUAUAUCUUUCCAAUAUCCAUUGUUCAAGGCCUUUUGCACGUAGAAAAAAUAAUCAUAGUGCGUGCAAUUCAAUUGAGGGAAUUAUUUGGGAAUAAAGAGGAAGGUGUUCUGUCUGCAGCAGAGACUAAUAACAUUGUCCCUCAGCCAAGAAAAUCGAAACUCAAACAUUCACCAGAACAUAGCUAUUUCCGUUGUCCUGCAGUAUUUCCAUCUCUGCAACAUCUAGAAUUUACAGAAUGUCCCAAGCUGUUGAUGCAUUCUGUUACUGAUUUACUGGUUGCUCCUAAGGCUUCAACAAUUUUUGAACAAUCAAGUUCAAAAAGUGCAGAUUUUGAAAGAGAACAAAUGAAAAAUCAAUUUAUACUUGAAUGUGAAGAAUUGGAGCAUGCCAUUGAUGAUGAUGGGGAUAACAAUGAAAAGAAAACUAUCUUGUUGAGAAGUUACAAAAGUUAUUGUCAACAUGUGUGCUUCACUAACUUGCUCCAUAUCAAGCUCUACAACUGUGGUAAGUUGAAGCAUCUCUUCCCGAUCACAAUCGCUCGAAGUCUUCGAUACCUGGAAUAUCUUGAAGUAGGACUAGCGGAUCAAUUGGUGGACGUAUUUGGAGCUGAAGAUGAAGCAAAUGCUGAUGAUGAGAAGGAAAUCAUCUUCCCAAAGCUAUACACAAUAAGGCUAGAAGACUUGCCAAGCCUUGUCAACUUCAGUCCUGCAAGUUAUCAUUUCAUUUUCCCAUCUUUGGAGGAUUUAACUGUGAUAGGAUGUCCAAACUUAGUGACAAGCUUUACAUAAAGUUGCCAAAAACUCAGGUUUUUCAACUUGUAUUUUGAGGGAAGCUAUCUUUUUUUCCCCUAUUUCUGCUAUUGAGCAUGAUGUCUGAUUGAGCAAGAGCACACUUGGCCAGGAUAUAUAUCUAUCAAGACUGAUGAUCACUAAAAUCUGUCUCAGUCUUGAUCAAUGGAAAUUUUAUAAUUUAUGUGUAUAACAGUUGUAUUAUUAUAACUAUUGAUCAAUGGUGAGUGCCAUAACUUUACAACAA